AUGUUAUCUCAAUCUAUAUUAGUCAUCGGUGGCUCUGGAGCCCAAGGCAUGCCCGUUGUGCGAUGGCUAUCGCAACAGCCGCAGUACUCAGCAAUCAGAGUGUUGACGCGCGACUCAACCUCUGAAAACUCUCAGUAUCUGGCAACUAUUUCUAAAGUGUCGUUAUAUGUAGGCCAAACCGACAAUGAAGAGGACCUUAAGGGGGCAUUUGCUGGAAUCGAUCUCGCCCACGUCAAUUUGAAUAGUUUCGCUCUCGGAAUCAAGAACGAACUCUACUGGGGCAUCCGGAUCUACGAAAUCGCCGUUCAAGCUGGUGUAAAACACUUCAUCUGGUCUUCUUUGGAUAGAUUUAUGGCCGAUACAAAUUAUGACGAUGAAACGCGCGUUGGUCAUUACUACGGCAAAGCUUAUGUUGAGCAGUGGCUUUCUGCUAUUCCACAGCGGAGAGAUUCGACACGAUGGUCUAUCUUAACCACGGGACCUUACAUCGAAAUGCUCUCUGAACUGCUGCGACCCCGUCAAAGGGAUGAUGGAAUGUACAUCUUUGAGGUGCCUCUUGGAAACGGUCUGGUCCCGUUUGUUCAUCUUGAGGAUCUGGGCCACUACGUGCACUGGAUAUUUUCCAACCCUGAUCAGUCCGCUGGACUAAAUGUCAAAGUGGCAAUAGAGCAUGUUUCGUAUGAGUACCUUGCGGCCACGUUCACCAAGGUUACUGGGAGACCUGCUAUCUAUCGCAAUAUCUCGUUCGAUGAAUUUUUCACCGCCGGCCCUCUCAGCGGCAUUGCAGAAGUAAAGCUUGGGCCUCAAAAGGAUCAAGAUGAUCCAACCCUGUUGUCGUAUCGGGAAAACUUCACGGCUUGGUGGAAGCUUUAUCAACGUGCAGGGAAUGACCGAAACAUACUCAAGCGUGACUAUGAAUUCCUGGAUCGUAUCUUCCCAGAGCGAGUGCGAACUGUCGAAGAUUGGAUGCGAAAGAUUGACUAUACCGGUGCUGCUCGACCGGUGCUAAAGGCUGCUUGA